GCCAGUUCUCCGUUAUUACUUCUCUGGAUAGCUUCACACUUAUUGCCUUCGUUCUAUGACACAAAUUGAAGCCCAAGAUGGCCACCAAGAAGUCCAAGGCUGCCCCUACCGACGAUGAAUUGAACAAACUGCUCGAGGGAAUCGAGGACGAAGCUCAAACGCCUGUCAAGGGAGCUCCCAAGUCCACAAAGGCGCCCUCGUCCCAAUCAGAGCAGGACUUAUUGGCCGAGUUAGAGAAUCUGGGAGCGCAACAACCUCCCAGUAGACCACAUACCCCCCGUAUACAAUCAGUAAAGCGGUCGACUGCGACGCCUCCUCCAGCUUCUUCGCGAAACAGCGAGGAGAAAGCAAGUGGCCCCAGAAAGUCAGCAGAGAGCACUCGGUCAUACCACACAAGCUUCACCCCCUCAGCUACAAGCAGUGAUCUACAAGAAGCAGAGAGGAAAGCCCAGGUUACCCAACCAGCUGAACCAGCUGAGCCAGCAGCCUCAACGCCCACUGGAGGUGGCUGGUGGGGUGGCAUCUUCGCAACAGCAAGUGCUGCAGUCAAAACUGCUGAGGCAGCCGUCAAAGAGAUCCAACACAAUGAGGAAGCCAAGCGAUGGGCUGAACAAGUCAAAGGCAACAUUGGAGUACUACAAGGAUUCGGUGGUGAACUACGAUCAAGAGCCCUCCCAACCUUUACCAACAUACUUCACACCCUCGCACCUCCCAUUUCAUCCCACGAACGCCUUCAAAUACACAUCACCCAUGACUUCAUUGGCUACCCCUCCCUUGAUCCCCUCAUCUACUCUACAUUCUCCCGCGUAAUGGCACAAGUUGAAGGUGGGGAUCUCAUGGUUAUCCAGCGCGGGCACGAGUCCACCGCACGUCGUAACUCUGAAGCCGGCUACACAGGAGGCAGCGCAGGCUGGAGCGACGGGCCCUGGUGGCGUCAAGCAAAUGAACAUCGCGAUUUAGGUGCAGUCAAAGGUCUUAUCGAAGGCACGAAGCUUGUUCGAGUCGGUGCUGAGGCUUAUGCAAACGAAUAUUUCUCCUCACACGGAGGGCUCGAAGCAGCUGCUCAGCGAGCAACUGAGAACCUCAGCGAGAGCAAUCCCGUCCGAAGCAGCGAUAUCUUUCUCGCUGUCCAAGCUAUCUCCCACGAAGCACCAGAAGACCUCUUCCAAGGUCCUGCAAAGGAGAAGGAACAAGGAGGCGUGGUAGAAGAGAAAGAGAAGCCAGACGAGCUGAUAUCUUUUGCCAUCUAUCUCCACGAUCCAGUCCACACUAUCACAUUCUACACAGUUACUCAAUCGGUACCAGCGAAGUGGAUUCGAUGGCUCGAUGCUCCAUCUCCGCUUACGCCUGCUUCGCCUACUUCUCCGACGCAGCAGAACAGUGGCUUCUUUGGGAGAGAGGAUCAGGGUUACCAGAAUCCGUAUUUACCAGAGGAGAUUGCGGAGAUUAUUGAGAGUGGUGGUGUUGAUCCCAGGGAGUGGGUUGCGGAGUGGGUUGAGGAGGUUCUUACGCUGGGCACGGGGGUGGUGGCACAGAGAUAUGUAGCGAGGAGGAUGGGUGUUGGCGAGGGUGGGAUUGGACGGGGCAAAGCACGUAUGGAAGAAAUUCUGAAUGAUGGUGGUGGAGAGGCUGCGAGAGCGGGCUUGAUUUGAUUUGGUUUCGCAUGGGUCUUUGAGCGAGAGUUGGGAUGAUAGGAAUGGGUGUUGUAGGAUGGCGUUUUGUUACAGUACUCCUCAUUUUGCAUCGUUUCCUUUUCCUCCGAAAGAACUAGUAAUCGUUGAUGGGGAAUAGCACAUCUCGUUUUAGUCACUUGCGGUUUUGGGCAUUCCACGAGGAUAGGAGAGCACAUUUCAUCCCUCUCAUCCUCUGCAUCUGAACUUCUUCCAUCUCCUCUGAAUCCCAUCAAGAUAAUUCAAGAUAAUCGAGCGCUCUGGUUGGCGGAGAAAAAUCCAACCUCCUCAUUUUUUUAACACGGAGCGCUGGUGAUUGGCCG